GAAAGAAGAAGAGAAUAGCCCCCCUCGCACCUUAUCCUAUCCUCUCUUUCUCUCUCUAAAAAUCUCUCUUCUACUAUAUUUUCUCAAUCACUAUUUGACCCCUCUCCUCUCUCUUAUUCCCCUAUACCUUUUACUUCCUCCUCAUUGUCACCACCCACAACACCCUUCUCUCUUCUUCUUCUUCUUCUAUCUUCUUCUUCUUGCUCUCUCUUUCUCACCCUUCAUCUACACUACUUUAGGGUGUAAUUCAAUAUCUAAGGCUUAGUUUUGAGUUUUCUUGAUCAAAUUCAGGAUAUUAUAAGUUCUUUUAUGUGAAUUGGUAAUGGCUCCUAAAGCUGGGAAAACUAAGCCACACAAGAGUAAAGGAGAGAAGAAGAAGAAGGAAGAGAAAGUUUUGCCCACUGUCAUUGAGAUAAGUGUGGAAACACCAGACGAAUCCCAAGUGACACUCAAGGGUAUCUCCACAGACAGAAUCUUGGAUGUAAGGAAGCUCUUGGCGGUCCAUGUUCAGACUUGCCACUUCACCAACUUCUCUCUCUCUCACCAGGUGCGUGGCACUAGACUCAAGGACUCCGUUGACAUCGUAUCUCUUAAGCCCUGCCACCUCACCAUCGUCGAAGAGGAUUACACGGAGGAACAAGCCACCGCGCACAUACGGCGGCUCUUGGACAUCGUCGCUUGCACCAACGCAUUUGGUCCAUCGAAACCGCCGGUGUCUCGUACGCCUCCCAAUGAAAAGAAGGAGUCCGGCUCGACUGAGGGAGAUUCUCCGGCCGACAAGGAUGCAGGUGAUUCAGGUUCCGGUCUCAGCCCUAAGGCUCAGGCGGCGGAAGGCACCGAUAAGGGUGAAAUCAACAUGUGCCCACCGACUCGUCUUGGGCAGUUCUACGAGUUUUUCUCCUUCUCUUAUCUUACUCCUCCGAUUCAAUAUAUCAGGAGGUCUGUUCGUCCACCCAAAGAAGAGAAAGGAUUAGAUGACCUGUUUCAAAUCGAUAUUAAAGUAUCAACUGGGAAACCGUUCACGGUUGUUGCAUCAAGAACAGGUUUUUAUCCAGCUGGGAAACAGCAACUUCUGUGUCACUCCUUGGUUGAGCUGCUGCAACAGAUCAGCCGGCCAUUUGAUGCGGCUUAUGAUGCUCUUAUGAAAGCUUUUAUUGAGCACAAUAAGUUUGGCAACCUUCCUUACGGUUUCCGAGCAAACACUUGGGUAGUUCCUCCGGUUGUUGCAGAUAGCCCAUCUACUUUCCCGUCACUUCCAGUGGAGGAUGAGACAUGGGGAGGAGAUGGCGGUGGGGUGGGCCGGUCUGGUAAGCAUGACCAAAGGAAAUGGGCAAAGGAAUUUGCGAUUUUGGCAGCAAUGCCCUGUAAAACACCUGAAGAGAGACAGGUUCGAGAUAGGAAGGCCUUUCUACUCCACAGUCUAUUUGUCGACGUUUCAGUAUUCAAAGCAGUGGAAACAAUAAAAAAUGUAGUAGAGAGUAAUCAACGCUCACCAAAGGAUCCUGCUGCACUGGCUUUCCAUGAAGAAAGAAUAGGUGAUUUAAUCAUAAGGGUGGCUAGAGAUGAUCCUGAUGCAAGUGCCAAGCUUGACCGAAAGAGUGAUGGGACCCAGGUCCUAGAGAUCUCUCAGGAAGAACUUGCUCAAAGGAAUUUGCUUAAAGGGAUCACUGCUGAUGAGAGUGCGACAGUUCAUGAUACGUCUACCUUGGGGGUGGUGGUUGUAAGACAUUGUGGUUGUACAGCCAUUGUAAAGGUUGCUCCUGAAUUUAACUUGAAUGGUGGCCAGAUACUACAGGAUAUCGACAUUGAAGACCAAUCAGAAGGAGGUGCAAAUGCACUGAAUGUAAAUAGCUUGAGAACUCUAUUGCACAAGUCGUCAACGCCGUCUAGCUUAGCUCAGAGAUCACCAAAUGCAGACUCAGAACAAAUACGUGUGGCUAAGUCCCUUGUGAGGAAAGUAUUUGAGGACAGUCUAAAGAAAUUGGAGACUGAACCCUCAAGAAAUUAUAAGCCUAUAAGGUGGGAAUUAGGAGCUUGUUGGGUGCAACAUCUGCAAAAUCAAGCUUCAAGUAAAAGUGAGUCUAAGAAAACUGAAGACGCCAAGCCUGAACAAGCUGUUAAGGGUCUUGGGAAGCAAGGUGCACUGCUGAAAGAGAUAAAAAGGAAGAUUGAUGUGAAAGCCAACAAGACUGAACAGGGCAAAGAGGACACUGACAAUAAAUCAGAAACUGAGGAUCAAAAGGAACUCGAGAAACAAAACGAGGAAAUGGAAAAGAUGUGGAAAGAGCUAGUGACAGAAACUGCCUACCAGCGCCUUAAAGAAUCAGAAACUGGUUUUCAUCUCAAGUCACCAAAAGAGCUGAUUGAGAUGGCCCGCAAAUACUACACUGACACUGCUCUUCCAAAAUUGGUGGCAGACUUUGGAUCUCUUGAACUCUCACCAGUCGAUGGGAGAACUCUGACAGACUUUAUGCAUACCAGAGGCUUGCAAAUGCAUUCCUUAGGGAGAGUGGUCGAACUGGCUGAAAAGCUCCCUCAUGUGCAAUCCCUCUGUGUUCAUGAAAUGGUUGUUCGGGCAUAUAAGCAUAUACUGCAGGCUGUUGUGGCAGCUGUUGGAAACACCGCUGAUCUGGCCAUCUCAAUAGCAACAUGCUUAAAUGUCUUGUUGGGAACACCGUCUGACACUGAGAGUAUAUGUGAUGAAAAGAUAAAAUGGACCUGGGUGGAAACAUUCAUUUCCAAGAGGUUUGGGUGGGAUUGGAAGUAUGAAGGCUGCCAGGAACUAAGAAAAUUCGCCAUUCUUAGAGGAUUGUCUCACAAGGUUGGACUGGAGCUUGUUCCUAAAGACUAUGAGAUGGACACGUCAUAUCCUUUUAAGAAGUUUGAUAUAAUCAGUAUGGUUCCUGUGUAUAAGCACGUAGCAUGUUCAUCUGCCGAUGGACGCACUUUGUUGGAAUCAUCCAAAACCUCCUUAGAUAAAGGCAAACUGGAGGAUGCUGUCAAUUAUGGCACCAAGGCAUUAGCAAAGCUUGUAGCAGUGUGCGGCCCAUACCAUAGAAUGACUGCUGGAGCAUAUAGCCUCCUCGCUGUUGUGCUGUACCAUACUGGAGAUUUUAACCAGGCUACCAUAUAUCAGCAGAAAGCACUCGACAUAAAUGAAAGGGAACUUGGACUUGAUCACCCAGACACAAUGAAAAGCUACGGCGACCUGGCCGUCUUCUAUUAUCGUCUUCAGCAUACAGAGUUAGCCUUGAAGUAUGUGAACCGUGCAUUGUACCUUUUGCAUCUAACAUGUGGACCAUCACAUCCAAAUACAGCUGCCACUUAUAUUAACGUAGCAAUGAUGGAAGAAGGGAUGAAGAAUGCCCAUGUGGCUUUAAGAUACCUUCAUGAAGCGUUGAAAUGUAACCAGCGACUACUUGGAGCUGAUCAUAUCCAGACUGCUGCAAGCUACCAUGCCAUUGCUAUUGCUCUUUCUCUGAUGGAUGCAUACUCCUUAAGCGUCCAACACGAGCAGACCACUCUACAGAUUCUACAAGCAAAACUAGGCCCCGAGGAUCUUCGGACACAGGAUGCCGCUGCGUGGCUUGAAUAUUUCGAGUCUAAAGCUCUGGAACAGCAAGAAGCUGCACGAAAUGGUACUCCCAAGCCAGACGCCUCUAUUUCAAGCAAAGGCCAUCUCAGUGUAUCAGACCUGUUGGAUUAUAUAACCCCGGAUUCUGGUAUUAAAGCAAGAGAUGCUCAAAGGAAAGCUCGCCCAAAGGUCAAAGGAAAACCAGGACAAAGUCCAGGACCUGUGUCAGAAGAAAAUCAGAAAGAUGAUGAAAUUCUGAGUCCAGCUCAUGUCACUGGGGAGAGUUCAAGUGAUAAAGAGAACAAAUCCGAAGCAAAAUCUGAAGAAAAAAAAGUUGAAAAUAUUGAUUUGGAACCUCAAGACCAGCUGAAGCUGGUUAAGCCUGUAGCCACGGUCCAAGAGGAUAAUGACCCCGACGAAGGAUGGCAGGAAGCAGUCCCAAAAAACCGUUAUCUUUCUGGGCGUAGAACCCGACCCAGUCUGGCAAAGCUGAACACAAACUUCAUGAAUGUGACUCAGCAGACAUCAAGAAGCAGAGGAAAAUCCACUAAUUUCACAUCCCCAAAGACUAGCUCUAAUGAGCUUUCAAUUUCUGUUUCUGGUUCCACUUCUUCCCAUGCCCCGAAGAUGUUUGUCAAGAACACGAGUUUGAACAGAAAGCAAAACAGUUCCAAUAUGGUGGGAGAAAGACCAGUUAACGAUAAACCAGCCAUGGCAAUCCCAGCUUGCACUGAACAGAUCAACAAGCCGACUUCGAUGGUGAGUCCUGUGAAUGUCAAAGCUGGAAAACUGUUUUCCUAUAAGGAGGUUGCACUAGCACCCCCUGGAACGAUCGUAAAAUUAGCUGCAGAGCAGUUGCCAGAAGAAUCGAAAUCCCCAGAGAUUUUGGAUACGGCAAAAAUUGCAGUGGAUGGUCCUCAAAAGGAUAAUGCGGAGAGCGAGAAUAUGCAUGUGGCUGCAGAAACGGAAAACACUGAUAGCGGUCAACAAGAAAGGGUGGUUGUUGGUGGAUUGAACUUGACGAGCUCACCAAAAGAAAUCAAGAAUGUGGAGGCCGUAAAGACAGCUGACGAAGCAUUUUCAACAGAGGCAGCCAUAUCAAAUACAAGACAAGGAAAAACUGAGGGUGCACAAAUGUCUGAGGAUUCAAAUACAUGUCAAUUGAAUAAGUCACCAACACCAAAAGAUUCGAGUGGUAGUGGAUCACCAGUUGGAGUUGAGCUACAAAAGGAUUUAUCUGAUACUGAACUGAAGACAGUAGAUGGCGAAACAGAAAAUCUGCCCAAUGGAGACUCGAGCCCAAAGUCAUCAAUAGCUGUAGAUGGAGAAAAGCAAGACGCAUGCGAAGCACAAAAAGAGAUGAGCAAGAAGCUCUCUGCUUCUGCGCCGCCGUAUACCCCAACAACCAUUCCAAUUUUUGGAUCGAUUGCAGUUCCAGGAUUCAAAGACCAUGGUGGAAUCCUUCCCUCUCCAUUGAAUAUGCCGCCAAUGCUUCCUGUUAACCAUGUCCGCAGAUCAACUCCUCAUCAGUCAGUAACAGCUCGAGUUCCCUAUGGACCUAGGCUCUCAGGUGGUGGUUACAAUCGUUCUGGAAACAGGGUUCCGCGUAACAAACCAAGCUUUUCCAAUAGCACAGAGUCCAAUGGCGAGGCUAAUCAAUUCAAUGGCCCAAGAAUAAUGAACCCCCAUGCAGCUGAGUUCAUACCUAGUCAACCUUGGGUUUCUAAUGGGUAUCCAGUGCCACCAAAUGGCUAUUUAGUAUCUCCAAAUGGGGCAGAAAUAACACAGAAUGGGUACCCGCUGUCGCCGGUAGCCGGUGGAUAUCCGUGUAACAUGUCCGUUACACAGCCUCAGAAUGGACUUAGCAUACCUACACCAGUUGCUUUGGAGGAUCUACCUGGUGCCGAAAGCUCUGAGGAGAAGAGCGGAAGCGAAGAAGAAAGCAACAAUGAGAAAAAAGCUGGAGAGGAUGAAGAAGCCAUUGCACAAGCAACUACAGAUGCACUUGAAAAUGGACAUUUGACAGUAGGUGAAGUGAAAACCACAUCUCAUGAGACCUCUGACGAGAAAAAUGGAGAACGACAGGGAGGCAAGUGCUGGGGAGAUUACAGCGAUAAUGAAAUCGAGCAAAUUGAAGUUACAAGUUGAAGAAGCUACUGUCUGUCACUGAAGUAUUAACAUUGAGGCUAAAGGAAUGGGGAAACAUUUUGGCUCCAUUGAUGAGAGGUUGAGGUACACGAUCAUCAUUUGAUAAAAGCAUUUUUACAUGUGAAUGUUUUGUGUUUUAGCGCAGGACCAAGGCUCGUCACUCCUGCUUUAACAACUUUUCUCCUGCUUUCAGUUUUUGGUUUCCGUGGCUGAAAACUAGAAAUAUUCAACUCCUUAAUAAAGAUUUGCCCUUUUGUGUUCUUCUAUU